AUGACCACGACCACCACCGCCAACAACGCCGCCGGCACUGCCACAUCAGCAAUUACCCCCCAACGACCGCCCCCGGCCCCUCCCCCAUCGGCAAUUACCGGCGGCCACCACUACUCCAUCGACCCCGAACUCAUCGAACAAAGACGAAGUCCCGCCACCACACCAUCCAAACCAACCCGAAGUCCCGCCACUCCGCCACCACCACCUCCGUCCCCCACCGCACUGCCAACCACAAAAAUGCUGGUCAUGGACAAGACUCUCUCCACCGCCGCCAACCUCUCGAAGCUUCUCCCGACCGGCACCUUUCUCAUCUUCCAAGCUCUGUCCCCUUCUUUCUCCAACAAAGGCCAUUGCUACACCUCCAAUCAAUGCCUCACCUCCGCCCUCAUCUUCGUCUGCGUCCUCUCCUGCAUCUUCUUCACCUUCACCGACAGUGUGGUCGGCCGCGACGGGCGACUUUACUAUGGCGUGGCGACAUCGGAGGGGCUUUACGUGCUGAAUUUCGAUGGAGGGGAGGAGGAAAAAGGGAAGGUUUUUAAGGAGGAGGAGUUGCGGCGGCGACGGAGGAGGUGGGUGGAUUGGGUGCAUGCUGGGCUUGGAGUGCUGGUGUUUCUGGCUCUUGCAAUGAGCGACGCGGAUAUACAGAGCUGUUUCUUACAGGAAGCAGGGCAGGAUGCGAAGGAGCUGUUGGUGAAUCUGCCGCUUGGUGCGGGGGUUUUGGCUGGCUUGGUUUUCAUGAUGUUUCCGACUACCAGGAAGGGGAUCGGGUAUUCUGAUGUGGUAACCCAUUCUUAA